CUUGCUCUUAUUCAGAAAGCGGGGAUGGACUUCAAGGGUCGUUCCUUCCGAGGAGUUGGAAUCAAGGGUUGAGUCUCGUCGUCACAGCUCGUAGAUCGCACAGUUGGCUUGGCAAGAGAUCGAGAAAUCUUUGAAAUACGAGACCCAAGACCUUUGAUCCAUGUCUGUCCUCUUUCAAACCCUUCCUUCUUCAUAUUAUUGUGAUGGCUAUCCCAGCUAAUGCGUACUAUGUACUAGACUCGCACCCGACACCACAUUACACUCCAAAUACCACAGGCAGUACCAACUCUGCCCGUUCACAUUCUGCCAGCGUAAAAUCGGAGCUAUCCUCACCUUAUCUUGAUCUUUCACCUUCGCCACCCCACACCUUUUCUUUUCAAUUCCCGUCAUCUGCGUCAGCGCCUAAUAGUACUACGCACAUUAACCAUAAUUUUACUACAACAUCGACCACACUCCCAGACCGUCCGUACUACCGCUUCGGAUCUAUGGCACACCCCGAAGAUCCAUGGCUUAGCAAACGCUCAGCUACUUCCACUCUCGACUUAAAUUCCCUAUCAUUCCCGGACGAAUACGAUGAUGGCGACGACUUACCUGACCCUCCUAGCUCCUCUGGCGCCCCCGCUACUUCAUCUGGCUAUUCGGACAGAGUCGUUAGGAGAAGGAGCAGCAAAGCUUGUGAUCAAUGCCGCAAAAGCAAAUGCAAGUGCGAGCGCGCAGGAGACGGCGAGGCUUGCAAAAGCUGCAUCAUGCUGGGCACGCCGUGUACAUUCCUCGGACCUUCGCGCAAGCGCGGCCCCCCUAAGGGGUACAUUGACGCCAUCGAAGCUCGGCUGCACCAAACUGAAGCCCUACUUGGUGUUCUCCUCGCUGUGGAGGCAGAGCAUAGCGAAAGGUAUGGCGAAGAAGAUAAGCCAUCUUCAGGCAACGCUGCAGGUUUGGAGGAUGUGUUGCACACCCUAAGACAGGACGCUCUUGCUCGUGAGAUCCUCAAUCGAGUCGAUGCCUCCUCCUACGGUGUCAAAGGACGAAAAGGUGGCAAUGUGAAACCACGCUCCAGUAAUACCACUGCAACGGAGGGCAGUGGUGUUGACUUACAGUCAACACACCCUUCAAAUGAAUGGCAGGAUCGCGUUGUAUCUCUCCUUUCGUCAUCUCUAUCACUUUCCCACCCGUCUUCAUCGCAAUCUCGCUCGCCUUCUGGUGCUAACAACCAGCGCACGAUCCAACUUUCACAAUCUAGGCUCUCGCCACCUCUCUCAUUCGAUGAUAAUGGACGACGUCAACGCCGGCGACUUGGUUCAUCGUCAUCCCCGGAUCUCUCCGACCACUCACACACACAAGCACCUGCCAGUACAGAUUCUGAAGACGAAGACGACGUUGUUGAUGCUGUGGGACAGCUUUCCUUGAACGAGGACGAACAAGUCCGGUAUCACGGAAAGGCAAGUGGUCUUUACCUGCUAGGAUAUAAUGCGAAGGAGGAAGCUCGAAAUGAAGGUGGAAUAUGGCGUUUCCCCAAGGCCCGUGUCUGGCCACCACUCCCUCCAUCUGAUACAAAUACAACGUCACUCGUAAUUCCUGGUAUUGACUCGCUGACGAAUUCUGCCGCAAGCCCGAUCGCAACCAAUAGCCCUUUGAUGGGUGUAUCUGUCACGGACAAAGAUCUGAGUAGCGUGAUGCCUGAUCUAGUUGUUCAGGAGCAUUUAUUGGAGAUAUAUUUUACUUAUGUACAUUCGGCGUUCCCGGUCUUGCACAAGGAAGCUUUCUGGGAGGGUUACAAAGUUCAUCAGAAUCCAUCUGCAGCAGAUACGCCAUCGCCUGCUUCCGAUAAUCACGGUUCGAAAUCUCCGUCGCCUUUCCACCGUGCCCGUCGCAAUAUUUCUCCGCUUUUGCUCCUCAGCAUGUUUUCCAUUGCCGAACGCUAUUCAGCGUCGUCAUCCCUCCCACCGUCCUCUCCUCCCCCCUCAUCAACGUCGUCGGUCCGAGAGCCAAUCCCGAUGUGGACUGCAGGUGAUCAGUACUUUAAUGUCGCUAAAAAACUUCUCGACAACACUUACGCAUCUUCGAUGCCAAGUACCGUGCAAGCUCUUCUAUUACUCGGGUACCGCGAGAUUGGCAUUGGUGCCAUGGCACAAGCCUGGGUAUACACAGGCAUGGCAGUGCGCAUGGCGCAGGAUCUCGGUAUGCACCGUGCAGCGGACGGCUGGGCCCGUGCCGACGUCGGGCGUUUGUUCGGCUCCCGGGAGCUACAGGAACGGCGGCGGAUAUGGUGGGGAUGUGUCGUGCUUGAUGGGUAUGUAAGUUCGUAUAUCGGAAGACCGCUUGCGAUCUUCGAGCGGGAUUACGAUACACUCUUACCGGGCGAGAAUGAGGCGGAGGAGAUGGAUUUGUGGAUUCCUCAUGAGUCGCCACCGCCUGAUUCCCGCGGACAUGGGUAUCCACCUAGUGCAGAGAUGAGGUGUUCAAUAACUGGACGCGUGUUAUCUAGCUUUAAUGCUUCUGCAAAGCUCUCAACUAUUCUUUCUAAGCUCGUACAGUCGCUGUAUGCUAUUCAUCCGGUGAAUUCUCGGCACACUGAAGCAGUACAACUUGAGGAGCUGCUGAAUAAGUGGUAUCUCGACUUGCCAGAGCAUCUACAAUUGAAGCAGGGCGCGGUCGUUCCGCCCCAUAUUUUGACAUUGCACAUGCAGUAUUGGUGUACAACAUUGUUGUUGCAUCGCCCCUUCAUAAGGAACACGUACCUUCUGAAUAAGGGGAAAUCGGAUAGUGCUCACGAUGCGGAAGCGUGUGCGACGAGCAAGAAACAUUAUGAGCUGUGCGUGGGUGCUGCAAAUCACAUCUCAUCUAUCGUUUCAUCUUAUCGGGAAAAGUACUGUCUGCAACGCGCACCCGUUUUUCUCUGCUUCUAUGUUUUUACGGCAGGUAUCAUGCACGUCACGAGCUCGUCCAUCUUCCCGAAUGACCCUCAAUCACGGAUAGGUCUAUUCAGGUGCAUGGAUGCACUGCAAGACAUGGAAGUCGUCUGGCCCUCCGCAGCACGUGCCAAUGAGCUUCUUCGGGGUUCAAACGUCAUGGCAAAUCCCUUGAACUCUAGCCAAGCAUGCCUUUCAUUCACUUCUCGGGACCGCCAGAAGCGAACAGCUGAGCAUUCGAUAGACUCAGAGGACGCAUACGAGCGUUCGCAGUUACAGGCCCUACCUUCAAGCAGCUCGCCUAACAUACCAGGAUCAGGACAAGGGUAUGCCAACACCUGGAGAUCGACUCAGUUCAGUGGAACGUCGCAUGAUGUCGGUCAGGAGUCUGGUGCGGGGCGACAUGCUGACUUUGCUGGGGCACCUAUCUCAACUUCGCAGCCAUCAUAUUACCCGUGGACCUCUGAUGGAUCUUCCUACCUCUCAUUCCCAAACACAUUGUCUACGUCUGUGCUUCCGCAGAUGUAUAGCACAGGCUUGGUCGAUAGCCGUCGGGCGGGGAACUCUCAGUCCUCGACUUCGCAUCCAGGACAAGCACGGUCGGCUUUGCAUGGGAGCGGUUCUGGUACAUAUACCAGUGAUCAACCUGGGAUAGGGCGGUAUCCGCAAUUUUGGAAUGACUAUACGUCGUUUCCACAGAUGGGGAUGGCUUAUAGCCAAUCUCAUCCACAGCAACAGUCGCCGCCACAACAGGAUCCUAUGUACAUGAGCACGCAGUAUGGCGGUAUUUAUAAUAGUCCUACAUCUUAAUAUAAUCAAGUGGACUAUACCACAUUUACCCGAUCGGACAUGAAACACUAGAAGAUGAAUUUUUCUCUCGCAACCUAAUGUAUUACAUCCUAUCAGACACCCCAAAAUGUUUCUUUUUCACCACAGUGCUAUUCCCUCGUUGUAUCCCUUCUAUCCUGUUGCUUAUUUGUAUCAUCCGAAAGGACUUUAUCUCUUAUGUUUUUUAUGUGUUACAUCCUUGCUUCCCCGGGCCUCUGGCAAUUUGGUUGACAAUGUUUCCGCUAUAAAAUGACAUGCUGACUCCAACCUAUAUUGUAAACCUUCAAUAAUAAAAUGCAUGAUUUGGGUAACGAUGUAUAACCCGUGUAGUACUG